CCUCAGAAAACUAAUUCGUAACAUGACCUACAAAACUACAUCCAAUCUGUGAAAUGAACUGGUCACAAGCAAGGAAAUGGCUAAGUCCUGUCAUUGUUGCUGGAAGCUUUCUUGCUGGAGAAAGGACCCAUCAUCACGAGGAUACACAGUACCAAUUACACAAGUACCAGUUAAUUGAUUUCGAGGAUAUCAUCGAGGACACAAAGGACAAGAUAAUGCAAAAGAUGGUUGAGGCUCACAUACCAGGAUCAUGCUGUAUAGUUCAUGUUGAUGGUAGGCCGGUCAUGAAAGCUGGUUUUGGUUUUUCUGACGUUGAGAAUUGCACCCCAUUCACCUGUAAAACAUCCAUGCGAAUAGCCAGCAUCAGCAAGCUCAUCACUGCUUUAAUGACUGUUAAUCUUGCUCAAGAAGGGAAAGUAGAUCUCAACGAUAAUUUAGUAGAGUUGUUAAAGUCAAAUCAGAUACAACUGACAGUGGGGAAUGAGGAAGUAGAUUGUUUGACUAUUAAGGAAUUACUGAGUCACACAGCUGGAGUAAGGCAUUACCACGAGGCUGAUGAAGGAGGUGGUGAUUCCACCGCGCAAGAGUUCUUCUCUAGUAGGAACUAUCCUACUGUUAAACAUGGUCUCCAGAUGUUCAUUAAUGAUAAACUUCUGUUUAAACCAGGUUCUGAGUACAAGUACACUACAUUUGGUUACAGUCUACUGAGUUUCAUCCUAGAAAAAUGUUCAGGCAAAUCGUUUGAGCAACUGUUGUCUGAUUUUACAUCUAAACUAGGAUUACCUCACACACGUCUUGAUUCCUUUGAAGACAUUAUCCUGAAUCGCUGUCAGUACUACUGUAAGAGUGAUAAGGGGAAGCUAAAGAACUGCCCUUAUGUUGACAACUCCUGUAAAUGGGCUGGUGGAGGAAUGGUCAGCACUGCGGAGGACAUUGCUAAGCUGGGGGACAUUCUUCUGUACCUCUACCAAUCUGAGUCAUCCGAUAACUACGUAAAUAAGGAGUCUCUCCAAUCAAUGAUAGAGUUUAACCCAGUAACUGGAACUGAGAGAGCAGGGUUAAAGUCACACUAUGGGUACGGAGUGAGAGUGUUCCACGAGCAACAAUCACACGGUAAAACAGCUCAGUACUUAAAACUCUCCCACAAUGGCGGGGCAAUAGGAGCUAGCAGUACAGUGUUAGUGUUACCUCUGGGUAACCAGGGUAACCAGGGUAACCAGGGUAACCAGGGGACACCUAGGGGGAUCACUGUGGUUAUGUUGAGUAACUCACUUGAGGGGGAUGUGGUCAGACUUGCUCAUGAGAUAGCGGCUUCCUUCGCAGAGAGAAUUGAGAAUGGAGGUGACUGUUGUGAGCAAUUGUAUGGUUUAGUUUAGUGUUACUGUGGUCUUCUAUAUUAUGUGUAGUAGUGGGUAUUUCUCAACUGUUGAACUUUAAUUUCUCUAAGAUUUCAGGAAAUACAAAGUACAGCAUGCUAUUUUUGAUGUUUUUAUAAAUUAUUCUUACAUUUUUUACUUUUUGAUCAACUGAAAAUGGUGGAACUUUGUAUUGCUAUGUUCAAUUUACUGCCUUCCAAUUAUUAUCAUUUUGCUUUUAUCAGAUUAU